AUGACCGUCAAAGAAAUCACCUCCUACCCAACCCUCCAAGAAACAAUCCAAUCCCCCACACCCACAAUAGUCGAUUUCACAGCGGGCUGGAUCGGUCCCUGUCGUCCGAUGUUCUCAGCUUUCGAGCAGAUCUCGCACACAACACCGUACAUGGCGUUUUACCGGAUGGACGUGCGGAAGUUGUCGGAUGAGGAGAUCGCCAAGUUGGGGAUUGUGGCUAUGCCGACGUUUAUGGUUUUUCGGGAGGGGAGGAAGGUAGGGGAUUUGGUGGGGGGGAGUCCGGGGGUUUUGGAGGGGUUUGUUACUGGGGUUCUUUAG